GCCCACUCACAGCCCAAUGUAGAGCACAAGGCUAUCGGGCCACGCCCUGUGUGUUAUGCCGUCACACAAGGCUGGUUCUGGCCAAAAGCAAAAAAGGGUUCCUUGGCAGCGGCGGGGUAUGGUAUUUAAGCUGGGGUGGGUUCCUGGGGAAUGCCAUAUCUAUUUCUUUCCUGUAGGAAAGUGUCUAGUAAAUAUGGAAGAUGACGGGAAAAUGAGCACUGUGACCGCGAAGGCCGAGAGGAGUGAUGGGAAGCGAGGGGGUGGAGGAGAGGCGAAGGGGAGGGGUGGCAAGAGUAAUGGAAGGAAGAGAGCAAGAACUAUUGAUCAGCAGUCUAAGGGCGAUCAAGAGACAGAGACUGUGCCAGCGGUAGAAGCGGCGAGGGAUGGCGAAGGGAAAGGUGCUACUGGUACCGGUACUGCGACUUUGGCCGCUGAAUCGAAGGGUGUCACGGACACCGCGGAUGCCUCGGAAACGAUAAAUGUCUCGGAAGCGAAGGAAGGGACGGACCAAGCCAAAAAGAAGCCCAGUGGGGGGCGCAAGAAGAAGAAUACAGUGAAUACGGCAAAACGAGAACUGGCUUGCAUUGAGCACCCCUCCGCGACAUUCAAGGAUUCCUCUGCCCUGCGGUGAGCCCUCCUUCCCCUUCCCCCCUUUGCACAUCUAACGCGGUCGCUCAUUCCGUGGCAUAAAGGAAUCACAUAUCGAGCCAUCCUCGCCCCUAUCACUGUAUAUUUUCCUUCGCAUCUUGCCCACAAACCUUUUCAAGCAAAAACGAAUGGAAACGCCAUGUUCACAGCCAGCACCUUCUGUUCAACUACUGGCGCUGCGACCAAGCUUCUUGUUCUCCACAGAUCGACCCUCCACCCUCGCCAUUGGGGGCGAGAGAAAAGAACACUUUUAAUAGAAAGGACCUUUUCACACUACAUGUUAAGCGCAUGCAUGGCACUACUGUCACGACGGCCGAGGGGCUGUCAGAGAUGGUCGAGAGGUGUAAGAGGCAGAGGCGAGAGCCUCCAGCUUGGGAAAAGUGCGGGCACUGCGGGAGGGAGUGGACUAGAGAGGAGUUCGGGGAGAAGAUGGAGCAUAUUGGGGGACACUUGGAAAUUGAAGCUGCAGGUGAGAAGGCGGAAGGCGCUGACCAGGGGUGGAAAAUUGACGACGAGUUUGUAGAGUGGGCUGUUGAGGAGGGAAUUGUUGAGAGGGCUGAAAUGGAGAAGGAGAAAGCAGCUGGGGUGGGAGGGGCUAUUUUGCCAGAGGGAGAGGGGGCAAAAGCUUUCGAUGGGGGAUAUAGGCUUGUGAAUGUGGUUAAGCCUGGCACUCGUGGGCUUAAGCCUUCUGCGUAGAUGGUAGACGUUUCUCUGCUUCACUUUGUAUUCUUUUCUUUUCUUUGCUUGCGUCCAACUUUACUUCCUCUACUGGUCCUGUUUGCCUUCACGACUGUCUUUUCUAUCCUUCCCCUGCUUACCACUGCUUCGAUAUCCACCUCUAUCAUUGUCCUGUUUGCUAUCGUUACGUUCCUCCUCCUUUUGGGCUGCUCCUCGGAGGGUUUGGUGUGAUGAGUGCUGCUGUGUCUCCCACUUUUUUCCUCUUAUAUCGAUAAUUUUAUCCCUCAAUAUAAACCAAGCCUU